AUCUUAACCAAAUAUAUCAUAACAUAAUCUAAAAACUUUCAAUCUAAACAUGAAAAUUUCCGAUCUUAAUUUGAUAUUUUUCCGAAUCCACUAGAGUCAUACAAAUACAUCAAACAUGAAGUCGGACCGUUAAUUUAUUUACUGGAUGAAGCAUAAAAUCCAACGGUAUCUCAAGAUUAGUCAGGUUAUAACAUUGGGAUUUUUUUAUGAAAAUAAUUUUUUCGAUGAAAUUCAAUAAUUUUUUUAUGAAAACAUCGGGAUAUUCGAUAUAAAAGAAAAAACAAGAAGGGUAAAAUGAUAAUAAGUGCCAAAUGGCAGGGGUAGAAAUUGUGGGUUUUAAAAAAAUUGGACGACGAAACUGUAAAAUUGGGCGACCGAUUUGGACGAUCCGCUGCAGCCAGAGGAGGAGAUUCGAAGGGAGCUCAUCGGGAUCUCCCGAAGCGAAAGCGGGGCGAUCGAUCGUGAGCAGCGGCGAUAUGGCGACGGAUCGGGAAAAGGAGAGGGAGGCCGAGCUCGAGAGCGCAAUGUAUACUAACUGCCUUCUGCUAGGCCUCGACCCGGCGGUUCUCGGCGUCGGCGUCGGCGUCGGAGGAUCCAGGGUUGGCCACUUCCGUCACUCCAACCCUAGGCUGGGGGAGCAGCUUCUCUACUUUCUACUUUCUGCACUUCGCGGCCCCGUUCAGUCUGCCAAGGAUUUCGACAAGGUUUGGCCGAUCUUUGAUUCCACUCAGUCCCGUGAAUUUCGAAAGAUAGUACAAGGGAUAAUAAGCGAGUUGGAGGCACAUGGAGCUCUGCCUCGGAGUAGUUCGAGGGUCUCGUCUCUUGCAACAUGUUGUGGACCGAGAUUUGUUGAGCUUUUAUGGCAACUAUCUGUGCAUGCUUUACGAGAGGUUCACAAGAGAACAUUUACGGCUGAUGUGACUUCUAACCCUUUACCAGCUUCACUGACUGAUGCUUCAUAUCUUAAUGCUGCUGCACUACUUCCUGUGACCAAGGCUAGGAUAGCUCUUGAAAGGAGGAAAUUCCUUGGAAAUGCCAACAUUGCUGUUCAUAGGCAAGCUGCAUGGUCUGACUUAGCUCAUGAGAUGACUGCUGAAUUUCGUAGCCUAUGUGCCGAAGAGGCCUACUUGCAACAAGAGUUAGAAAAGCUUCAAGAUAUGAGAAAUAAAGCUAAGUUGGAAGGGGAAUUGUGGGAUGAUAGAAUCUCCAGCUCUGGUCAGAACCAUCACUUGGUCUCCAAGGCCACCCGCCUCUGGGAAUCACUAUUAGCUCGGCAGAACCAACAUGAAGUCCUAGCUUCUGGUCCAAUUGAGGAUCUAAUAGCUCAUCGAGAGCAUAGGUACCGCAUCUCUGGAUCAUCUUUGCUUGCAGCCAUGGAUCUAAGUUCAAAUCUCCCACAUUCUGAUGUACUAUCUGUUCGUGAUUCUGAGAUGUCUUCUGAGUUAGAUACUCAAGAAAAAAAAGACUUAUAUCAGGUACAAAGACAGAGUGAUGCUCUUCCUAGGAUGGAUGACAGAGGUGGAAGAGUUCAUCCGACAGUUGAUGUAGCUGAAGUUCUAAGGCGUUGGACUCAUGCUCUACAACGCAUACACAAGCAGUCACUCAAUUUGGUGAAAGCUAAUGAUGGGGAGGGUCCAGAUAUACUUCGUAGUGCUUCUGAUGGCAGUAGCAUUGGACACUCAGAGUCACUAGCUGCUACACUUGCAGAACAUCGACAGCAUUUGGUUAGCAUACAGGGACUCAUUGACCAGCUAAAAGAAACAAUUCCAACAAUGCAGCAGUCAAUUUCUGAACUCACUGAAGAAGUAAAUAAUAUUUCAACACCAGAUGGAUUCAGUGCACAAUCAACCACAGCUAUCCAAAGGGAAAGUAUCGGGAGACCCCUAGAAAGUAUCACUGAUGAGGUUGCUGACAUCACUUCAAAACUCUCCUCUACCCAGCUUGAGAAAUUUUCCAACAGUUCUACUUUAAAACUUCCUCAUUUGUUCAACCUAACUCCAAAUUCGUCAGCAAAGGGUACCCAAGCGACCAGACGCCGUCCUGUAACUACUCCAGUGAACCAAGAAGUGCCAAUUCAAAAAGUGGCUACAACUAAACAUUCAAAUGAUACUGAUGGGGAAACACAAGAGAGUGCUGAUAAAUAUGCACAGAACAUCAGACGUUCCGUGCGUGAAGCUGCACUGUCAAGCUUGUCGAGCAAAUUAGUGUCCCAAGAUGGAGGCAAUUUUGAUGCUUCUGAACACUUCUUUAUUUCUCUACCAACUGGCGAUUUUGCAACUAAUCAGAGAAAACAGCAACCCACUUUUUUGUCUCCAGAAUCGCAAACUGCCCAGUUAAACACAAUCCAGGAUAUGUUAAAUAAAACGAAUGGACAGAAAGAGUUCACUAACAACUCUUGCCUAUUUGAUGCAUCUAUAGAUGAUACCCUGAAUCAAGUCUUUUCUCCUCCAUUGCUACUAGAAUCAUCGUUCUUCCAGGAUGCUUACGAGGAUUUGCUUGCGCCAUUGUCUGAAACUGAUGCUGCUCUUAUGGAUCAUUAGCGUUCGAAGCGUUAGUCAAUCAUCUUAAUGGACGAAUCUCAAGCUACAAGUUAAACUUGUUUGGGCACCAACACGACUGGAUUUUGGUUUCAUGGCAACUAACUCCAGCUACGUUGAUUGAGCAUUGAUUCAUUAAUUGAGUGAGAUUCAUGUCGAUUAUUCUCCGUGUUGGCUGUUUUCAAAGGCUGUAUGCCGCUGGAUGUAAUUUUUUGUGCUCUUGCUGUAAUUAUGUUGUAGUUUUCUCUACCAAAAGCUAUUAACAUUAAGUUUGGUUGUUUCCUUUGGGCUUCCAAGCUUGUCCCUCAACGAACAUAAUCAUAAUCCAAGGCCUGGAAGUGUUCUUUUUUUCCCUUA